AUGAUUGUUGGUCAAAAGAAGGAAGGAAGGAAGGAAGACGAUAGUUACAAACGCAAAAGAUGGAAGGAACGCAUUUGUAAUCUAUCUGAUGGUUUUACAGCUUGGCUUUUGCUUGCUACUGCUGCUGCAUCUGGUGAUGAGUCAUUGCGUGGUGGGCCUGGGAAGGGCCAAGAUUGGGGAGAGGUGACGGGAAGAGACGAAUCGCCAGUGAUCUCACCUCCACCCUUUUCCCAUUCGGUCUAUCUGAUUGGAAAUGGUGAUUAA